AUGAACAUUGGAAUUCUUUCAUCCAAACACCGAGAUUCAACCUCAAGCCUUUCGCGUGCUAAUCCUUAUGAGAGCUCUGGAAACAAAAGUCGUCUCGGUAAAUUUUUUGAAAAAAGCGUGGUUGCCAGGAGGGUCUUGCUUUUUAUUGCAAUAUUGGGCAUGUGCAUGAUAAUUGGUGAUGGUAUACUUACUCCUGCAAUAUCAGUAUUGUCUGCAAUGGAUGGCAUUAGAGCACCUUUUCCUUCAGUCAGCAAAGCUUUGGUUGAAGCCCUCUCUGCCAUAGUUCUUUUUGUUCUGUUCUUGGUGCAAAAAUUUGGAACCUCGCGAGUGAGUUUCCUUUUCUCCCCCAUCAUGGGUGCAUGGACUUUCACGACUCCGCUUGUAGGAAUUUAUAGUAUUCUACAUCAUUACCCAAGUAUAUUUAAGGCAAUAUCACCGCAUUACAUCUUCCGCUUCUUCUGGAGAAAUGGAAAAGAAGGCUGGAUGUUGCUUGGAGGAACUGUCCUCUGCAUCACAGGUUCCGAAGCAUUGUUUGCUGAUCUAGGUCAUUUCAACAAGAAUUCAAUUCAGGCAGCAUUCUUUUUCACUAUAUAUCCAUCUCUUGUUCUGACCUAUGCGGGACAAACAGCAUACCUGAUCAGAAACCCUAAUGAUCAUGAUGAUGGGUUUUACAAGUUUAUACCGAAGACAGUUUACUGGCCUAUGUUCGUCAUAGCCACAUUGGCAGCAAUUGUUGCAAGUCAAUCACUGAUUUCAGCCACUUUUUCUGUUAUCAAGCAAUCUGUUGUACUGGAUUAUUUUCCUCGUGUUAAGGUGGUGCACACAUCCUCCAGCAAAGAAGGGGAGGUUUACUCUCCAGAAGUGAACUACAUCCUCAUGAUUCUUUGUGUUGCUGUCAUUCUUAUUUUUGGAGAUGGGAAAGACAUUGGAAAUGCCUUCGGUGUAGUUGUUAGUUUGGUCAUGCUCAUCACGACCAUAUUGCUGACAUUAGUCAUGAUCAUUAUCUGGAGAACUUCACCAAUUCUCGUUGCCCUUUAUUUUGUUGUUUUCUUUGUGAUGGAAGGAGUCUAUGUCAGUGCGGUUUUCACCAAAAUUCCAGAAGGUGGAUGGAUUCCAUUUGCCAUUUCUUUUAUCCUUGCUUUCAUUAUGUUUGGCUGGUACUAUGGGAGGCAGAGAAAGGUAGAGUAUGAAUUAACCCAUAAGAUAGAUUUACAGAGACUUGCAUUGCUGCUCUCUGAUCCAGGUGUUCAGAGAGUUCAUGGGCUUUGCAUCUUCUAUACCAACAUACAAGAUGGGCUUACGCCAAUUCUUGGUCAUUAUAUAAAAAACAUGAGAUCUCUUCACAAGGUUACUAUUUUCAUGACACUUCGAUACUUGUUGGUUCCUAAAGUUGCCUCGCAUGAGAGGAUUGUGGUCCACAAACUUGGCCUUAAAGGCUUAUACGGGUGUGUGGUUCAGUACGGCUAUGCAGAUUCUGUAAGUCUUGAAGGGGAUGACUUUGUUAGUCAAGUUACUGACAGCUUGCGAGCUCAUUUAGAUGAUGAAGAAGAAAUUUCGGAUUUGGGUGAGGCAAAGCUCGCUGGUGUGGUUCACAUUCGAGGGAAAACAAGGUUUUACAUAGGCAAGAAUUGUAGCUGGGUUGACAAAAUCAUGCUGGCAUUUUAUGAAGUUAUGCACAGUCAUUGUAGGUCUGCACUGCCUGAUUUGGGAGUGCCUUUGCCUCAGCUUAUUGAGGUUGGAAUGCUGUAUGAGGCUUGAAAACUAUGGUAUAUUUUGAAUUUUCAUCUUUUCUCUUCUGUGAAACUGGUGCUCGAGGGAGAAAAGAUCAGGUUUGGUCUCCUAUUCUGCUGGACUACUGCGGAGUCUAUGUUGAUGUCAUCUUAAGAAAAGCCAAUGCAUUUAUGCCUUUUAACGCAGGUGAUCAAGAGUACGAG